AUGAGCUCAUUGACCGAAUCAACCAUUGCCAUGCCGAUGGGAUCGUCGAAAGGCCGAAUGCGGGAUCGACAAUCAACUCGAGAUUCCAUUCAGAUCAUCCUUGAACGGUCUCAGGAUGCGUAUUUGAGGGCACUGGAAAUGUCCGCUGCGAGCGGUAGAGUGGAGGAAGUGAGGUCGGCUUGUUUGUCAUUGGCCCUACUUCGGGCAUUUCAGACGUCUUUGGGUCAAGGAUCGGAGAUCAUCACGGCUGCUGCGGCGGAAAUGCUUGCUUCGACGCCUGCUAUCACGCUUCAUCGCGAGUUGCUGGAAAAGAUUGAACAUAAGCUGGCGGAUGGACCGUUGGACGAUACCAAGUGGCCCGUGUUGAAGAGAGCAGUGACGAUGGAUCACCCCACAUCAGUGGCCGACUCCUCCACGCCUGUCAAGGGCGCUGAAAAUAUCGACGAGGCGUGCCUUGUCCUCUCCUCCUCACCCAAACAAACAGACAGAGACAGUGCCUAUCGGGAAUACUGGAAAUCCGUCCGAGCGCGAUAUAGGGCAAGUUUUCUGCAAGUGGACCAAGAACAAGUCGAUUCAUUGCCUGCCGAAUGGGUCAUUGUCACUAUCAACGUCACUGAGGACAAAAAUACAAUGUUCAUCUCUCGACAUCAGAGAGACCGAGAACCAUUGGUAUUUACCCUUCCGUUAGAUCGUCAAGGCAGACGGGACGGAGAAGCGGAAGAGGACCUGUUCACAUUUGAUGCGGCGAAGGAACAGAUGAAGAGGAUUAUAGACGAGAGCAACGACGGGGCUCGAAACGCCAAACACGUCACGAGUCAAGCUGGGAAGACUGCCUGGUGGGAGAAGCGAUACUCCCUCGACAAGCAGCUUAAAGAGUUGGUUGCGAACUUGGAAUUCUGCUGGUUGGGAGCGUUCAAGACUAUCCUGAGCCCUCGGCCUGCUCUAUCUCAAUCUGCACUCGAAACGUUUGGCGCCAGAUUGGAGCGAAUAUUCCACUCCGCCAUCGCUGGCGGGGCCAGAGCUUCUGAUGUCAAGACGAGGGUUCAGCUGGACACCCCACUGUUGGAGUGCUUUGCAGCGUUGUCUUCGAAGUGUAGGGAUGAAGAGGCAGAAGAUCUGGUCUAUUUCAUCCUUGACGUGUACCAGUUCCAUGGAGUUCCCGUUGCGCUCGCAGAGCUUGAUAUUGACCUGAUCGGUAUUGAUCUGAGAUCCGCUCUCGCCGAGCUGGAGGCUUCUCGACCUUCGUCACCUCAGCCUAGCGAGACUGUGUUUCUCGCACUUGACAAAAACGUCUCUUGUUUCCCAUGGGAAUCCAUACCGAUCUUGAGAGGUCGGAACGCCAGUCGCGUCCCUUCGUUGCCUUUCCUCCUGCACCAGUGGUCUAUGCGGGAUCUCAUCUAUCCCCUUGCAUCGGAACAGGGGAAAAUCUUGGUGGAUUCGAAAAAGGUCUUUUACAUUCUCAACCCGAGUGGUGAUUUAUCGCGCACGCAGACUCAUUUCGAACCUUGGAUUCAGAGUAUGGAGAAGCAAGCGGGAUGGAAAGGCAUCAUGGGUCGUCCGCCGACGGAAUUGGAGCUCGAGGCUGUGUUGAAGGAGUAUGACCUGGUGUUGUACUUUGGACACGGCGGAGCUGAACAAUACAUUCACUCUCAUCGCGUCUCCAAAUUGACGCGUUGUGCCACCACGAUGCUGUGGGGUUGUUCGUCUGGCGCUUUGGUUGAUCAGGGUGACUUUGAUGUGCGAGGGACUGCCUGGAGCUACAUGAUGGCGGGAUGCCCCGCCCUUGUAGGGACACUAUGGGACGUGACGGACAGGGACAUUGAUCGAUUGUCUGAAUCUGUCUUUAGCAAACUCCACCUCGACCCGAGUCACGUGUCGUCGUCGACGACGGCGGCAACCACCAUGCUCCCGAUCUCAGCGGUAUCCUUGCCCGAAGCAGUGGCCAAGAGUCGAGAUGAGUGCAAGUUGACCUAUCUGACUGGAGCUGCACCUGUGGUCUAUGGUUUACCCAUUUGGAUGUAG